CUCAUCAUCUCUUGCCUUGAUAAGCAGCUUCUGCACCGGGCAGCGAAAGAAGAGAUUUUUUUUUAAAAUAUUUUUUUUUGGCCACUUCCCUCUCCCUCGCCGGUGAGGGUGGGGCGUCCCAGGAAAAGUGAGGUGUCUCUUUCUCUCUUCUCCCUCUCUCACUCUCCCCCCCUCCCCAUCACUACUCUCUUGCCCCGUUUCCCCAGCUACCACCUCUUCCGUAUUAAGACCUCCGAAUGUGCGUUUCUCUAGAGUUACAAGCAUCCACCAAGCCUUCUCCAACCCGGGAAGAAUUUAAUCCUCGAACUGAUCCACCAACUAACCCCAACUGAAGAUCAAAGAGGGUGGGGGCUGCAGAAAAAGGACAUCCUCAUCACCCCCCACCCCUCCUUAGCCCCUUUUUUGCAUCGGGGGACGGCGCCAGCUGGGACCAAAACACGAGCCUGCCUGCCUGCCUGCCUCCCCCUUAAGAUGCCAACCCCGCUGAUGAAAGCGCCCGAGAGAUGAUCAAACGCUGAAAGGACGGAAGAUUGCACUAUUUUGACCCCCUUCGACUUCCAUAAAAUAUAUAUUUUUUAAAAAAAAAAAAGAAAAAAGAAAAAAAAACUUAGUGGGACCUUAAAAAAAAAAAGCGCCCACUCUUCCUUGCCCCCAGCUUCGCUUCCGUUGGCAUCAAUCCGCUCCUCCGCCCUGACCAAUUUCGUUUGGGUGAUGGAUGAAUUCCAUCCUUUCAUUGAGGCCCUCCUCCCUCAUGUCCGAGCCUUCGCCUACACCUGGUUCAACCUCCAGGCCCGGAAGCGCAAGUACUUCAAGAAACACGAGAAACGGAUGACGAAAGAUGAGGAGCGGGCCGUCAAAGACGAGCUGCUCAAUGAGAAGCCGGAAGUGAAACAGAAGUGGGCUUCGCGCUUGCUGGCCAAGCUGCGCAAGGACAUCCGCCCCGAGUACCGGGAGGACUUUGUGCUCUCCAUCACGGGGAAGAAGCCCUCGUGCUGCGUCCUCUCCAACCCCGAUCAGAAGGGCAAGAUGCGCCGAAUCGACUGUCUCCGCCAGGCUGACAAAGUCUGGCGCCUCGACCUCGUCAUGGUGAUCCUCUUCAAAGGAAUCCCCCUGGAGAGCACCGAUGGGGAACGCCUUGUCAAGGCCGCACAGUGCACCAACCCUGUCCUCUGUGUCCAGCCACACCACAUCAGUGUCUCGGUCAAGGAGCUUGACCUCUACCUGGCAUAUUUUGUCCGCGAGAGAGAUUCAGAUCAAAGCAGCAGUCCCAGGACGGGAAUCGGUUCUGACCAGGAGGACAGUAAACCCAUAAUCACGCUGGAUGCAGCAGAUUUUCAAGAGAAUUUUGUUACGUCAGGUGUGUUCAGUGUCACAGAACUUAUCCAAGUUUCCCGGACACCAGUGGUGACAGGCACAGGUCCAAAUUUCUCUUUGGGAGAGUUGCAGGGGCACUUAGCAUACGACCUGAAUCCCUCAAGUACAGGGAUGAGGCGGACGCUCCCCAGCACUUCUUCCAGUGGGAGUAAACGGCACAAGUCAGGAUCCAUGGAGGAUGAUCUGGAUACCAGCCCUGGGGGUGAAUACUAUGCCUCCCCUAGCUCUCCCACAAGUAGCAGCCGCAACUGGACGGAGGACAUGGAAGGGAGCAUCUCUCCAACUGUGAAAAAGACAGAAAUGGACAAGUCUCCCUUCAACAGCCCAUCUCCGCAGGACACUUCACCCCGGCUGUUCACCCAGCAUCACCGUCCUGUCAUUGCCGUACACAGUGGUAUCUCUCGAAGUCCCCACCCUUCCUCUGCGCUGCACUUUCCCACCACUUCGAUCCUGCCCCAGGCGGCCUCCACCUACUUCCCGCACACAGCCAUAAGGUACCCGCCUCAUCUGAAUCCACAGGACCCACUGAAAGACCUCGUCUCAUUGGCUUGUGACCCAUCCAAUCAACAACCAGGACCGUUAAAUGGAGGUGGUCAAGUGAAGGUACCCGGGCAUUACCUUCCUACCCAGAUGUUGGCGCCGCCACCUCCAGGUAUGCCCCGCCUGGCAAUCUCACCUGACACCAAAUCUACCACGACAACUUCCGAGGGAGGGACCACCUCGCCGACGUCUCCCACCUACUCCACCCCAGGCACACCCCCUGCGAACCGCUUCGUGGGAUUAGGACCACGGGAUCCUGGCAGCAUCUAUCAGGCACAGUCCUGGUACCUAGGCUAGUUGCAGCUGCCAUCUGCAUCAUCAUCAUCAUCAUCUUCCUUUCCUCCCCCGGGCUUUGGGCUUCCUUUGAGGAGAACAGUGCAGCCCUCUCACCCCUGGCCCAAACCUUGGGGGCAGCAUGGAGAGAGAGAGAGAGAAAGAAAAGAAAGAAAAAGAAAAGAAAAGAAAAGAAAAGAAAGAGCAUGGAUUAACAUCAACAUCAUGGAGAGACAUCACGGAAGGAAGGAAAGGGGAAAAGCUCAAACUUCUUUUUAAAAGAUAAAGGAAAAAAAAAAAAAAAGACCCUGCUUUCCAGCCAUCCCGACUGCGACUUUCCUGAAAAUGAGCAAAAUUCAAGCAGGCAGCUCUUCCAGGGGAGGCUUUUUGGCCAGAAGCACUACACGCCUUUCAGAGGGCCUGGUUUUCCCUGCCCCAAUCCUCCCUGCCAGUCCGUGGCCUGCUGGAAAUCCUGUCUGUCUCAUACUCAAAAGGGAUGUAUAUGCAAAAGUUUCUGAUUAUUUUCUCCAUCUCUUGUUGAGUAGGGGAGGGGGCAGUAAUUUAAUCUCGACCUGCUGCAGAGCCCUCCCUCCCCUCUCUCUUUUUUCUACGCUCAACACCCUCCCUGCUUCCCCUCCUUUGGGAAUGGGGUCAGCGUGACCAAGAGACUGCACUACAAGCCAUCUAGACUGGUCAAGCAGCUGAAGUCGGGCCAAGGUCAAGAUGCAACGUGAGCUAAUUCCCCCUUGAGAGAGAAAGAGAGAAAGGGAAAAGAUAAAAAUGCUGGGCACCUUUUCAGUGUAUCAAAAUUGUCCUCCUACACCCCCCCCAACCCCCCCACCCUGGAAAUCUCUGUGUUGCUUUCAGAUGGGGGCUUGCUGGUCUCCCUCACUUACUGACGUGGUGUGAACCAGGACUUCUUUUGUGGAGAAGAAGGGGACACGUGGCUUGUUUUCUGCACUCCUCUCCCAGAAUGCUUUGCGCUUUAGUGUCAAAAGACAUCCCCCCCCUUUUUUUUUGAAUGGAUUUGAGUGCCAAUGGUGUGGGGUGGGGAAAGGGGGAAGGAGGCCGGGUUGGUUUGACAAAAGAGUCUGUUAUUGUGGGAGAAGGGAACAGAUGCAAGCCACUUAAAUUUCACUUUUGUUGAUGACUUAGUGCAAUCCUGAACCAGAUGGUUUGUAAUGGUGGCGGGUUUUGAUUUUUCGUCUGGGGGGCGGGGGAGACAUUGGAACUUGGCUGUGAAUGUUGAAACCACGCAUGUGUCGUUGGGUUGGGCUGGAAUGAACUCGGGGGGGGGGAAAGAGGGGUGGGCAUUUCUUCAAGGUCGGGGGGGGGAUGUCAGGAAAGAAUUUGCUAUUACACUGUGUUUCAACAGCACUCCCCUUGCUGCAAUUCUGCCAUGACCAUAGGUCUGUCUAACCCUUGCCUUAAAGUUGGACCAAGGCUGAGAGAUGGGCUCUUUCUUCUCAGCCUGUAUGGACUUCUUAUGGGGAAGGAAUUGCUCUUGGAGGUGGGGGGUGAGGACAUGGCACCCAGAGCCUGCAGCUUCCCCUUCAAGGUGGCUUCCGCCCAGCUUUAACAUCCUUUUUGCAAAAGGCGGGCAGCCAGUCCGAUGAACACCAGCAGGGACUUGUCGAAUCUCUGACUUGGGGGGGGGGACAGGAAGACGGUUGAGUGGGGGGGUGGGGGUGGCGGUCAGUGGAUCAGCAGGGCUUCGCUUUCUCUCCCUCUCCCCCCCCCACACCUCCUGAGCUUCCAACCUUGUGUACAAAAGAGCUAUGCAUGCCCUUGUAGACCAGCUUCGAGAUGAUUUUGAUGACUGCUAAUACGGAUUGCACAUUUUUUUUUUUUGUAGGAAAUGCACUUUUGAAGAGGAGGGAGAGGAAAAAAAGUAACGGGAGGGUGGAGGGUGGAUAAGGAAGGUAAAUCUAGAGUGUAUCUGUAAUUUGUGUGGAGAGGAUUAUUGUGACUAUCCAAUCCACUGUGACGGGAUGGUGCAAAGUGGGGCCUUAUACAGAAACCUUUCAGGACACGAGGAAGAAGAAAAAAAAAUAGAUUCGGUAGGAGCAGAGGAGGGAGAUGCCCCCUUCCAUCAUUGCCCCUUCAUUAGAGAACUCCAUUCUACUUGGCCCUACCCCACCAGACAUGCAAGCCCCAAGGUGGAGCCUAGAAGCCAUCUAGGACUGGUUCAAGUGCCUACAUUUUAAUGCUCCAGUCCUUUCGCUGAGUUAUGGAAAGCGGCAUUCGUAAUGGAGACUCCCUCCCCCCCCCCAUGGGUCAGGGGCAGGCUGAGCAAUGGCACUCCGCCCACUUCAUUUCAAGAUGACCCCCCCAUCCCUUCUUCCUAGCAGACACCAAAGCUUUAGAAGCCACGGAUCAGACUUCCUUGAAACCCCACCCCCAGCCAAUAUUGGGGUGCCAGAGUUGGGCUCCAAGUCCUCCGUGAGGGCCAGGUGGACAGCUGAUGAACUGAUCAGUCCAUGUUGGCUUCUGGACAAUCUUCCUCCAAGGGCUGGCGCCAUCCGCCAUGAUUCUAAAAGCAUUCGUAUCGUUUCCUCCUCCUUGUGCCAAACUGUCAAGAUUUCAGAGGAAUUUCACUGAGGCAGAGGAAUUUAUCUCAGAUGACAUCCUGGAGUGGAUUUGAAUUGGAAAGCAGACAUCUGUCAAGACCGAAUGAGACCAAUGAGUUGUAAGGGAUAGAGUUCAUCAGAAAACCCAAGAGAACAUCGGUAUCUUCAAAUGAAAUGUUUCAACCGCAGACAAAUGGAUUUGUAAAGCUAACCUAGCCAUACGUUGGCCUAAGACAGGGUUGGAGAACUACGGCCCUUUUAUGACUUCUGGACUUCAACUCCCAGAAUUCUUGAGCCAGCUGAAGAAUUCUGGGAGUUGAAGUCCACAAGUCAUAAAAAGGCCAUGGUUCCCCACCUCUGGCCUAAGACAAUGGCCAACUUUUACUGCUUAGAAAGCGAUGGGAACUUAGUGUCUAUCACUAAUGGAGUGGUUAUCCAACAGACUUAAAUGAUUGAACAAUAGUUCCUUUUCCCAGGGAAUUCACAGGAAUUACAGUCCUAUGAGGGAUUUUUAAUGGAAUUCUCCUCACCCUCAUACUACAUGUCCCAGGAUUCUCUGAGGGAGUAUUCACAUCUUUUCUUGUAGUUACCUUUGUACUGUAUUCUAUGAGAUAUGAAGAAGACAUUUCAAUCUUCUCCAGGAUGGAAAGACGACAAAAAUUUGGACAACCAACACUAAUCUUCAGUUCUUUGCACCUUGAUACAUUUCUCCGAACUUUGAAGAGGAAUGCAUAUCCAUGUACGUGAACAAAUACUCCAAUAUAACAAACAUAAAUUUGUUUCCUAACUUUCAAAGUGAACCUGUUGCCAUGUACAAAGGAGAUCCACUUCUAGAAUUGAGUGGUUUUUAUUUUUAUUUGAUUUCUCCGGAAUGGGAGAAGUAGUUGUUGUUUUUUUCCCUUAUGUGUCCAAACAGGCUCAAGACGUUCCAGAUCUUUCCAAUGAUGUCCAAAGGAACACAUGUAAUUGAUUAAAAAAAAAAAAACAGAGAAGAAACUACAACACCCCCUUGCUCUUUUACUGCAGCACUUGCCCUGGAUUUUGGCAGAAACCAAUGACUCCUGUGGCUCUACAGUCCUCUCUCAGGUGGAUCUUCUGUUCCAGAAUCUUCCAUCUUCAGUACAACCUUGUAGUCGAAAAGCUACAACCUCUGUGCUCUCCUGUCUCCUUUGUGCAUCUUAACCGUCAUGCAAUUUGGCUCCAGCACCUACUUGGUACCCAUCUGGGGCUUGCGUUCACAUAUGCAAAAUUUCCUACUGACCUGCUCCCUUGGACGAAGGGCAGCGAAAGACUUUCUGGGAUACCCCCAUCCCCACCCCCACCCCCUCGAAUCUGGCAUCAUGGGAAGGAGGAGUUUCCAGCGGCAUUUGUUUACAUCUCUGCACCUUUAUAAUAAUAGGUGAUGCCAUGUUUCAGACCCAUCCGUGGGAACUGGGCAGAAGAAAUUAAUACCCAUCACAAGCCCUCCAUCCCAGAAAGCCCACCUCCUCAGAUGUCUCCAAAGCAAAGGACUGUAUCACGGAGACAAGGAGGGGGCUUCAUAUGGGAAGUUGAUCGGAUUUAUUAUUAUUUUUUUAAGCGAAACUAAAAGAGAGAGAGAGAGAGAAAAAAAAAUUCUGCAAUUGAUGAAGAAGCGACGUUUUAAGGAAAAAAGAUAAGAAUUAACCCUUACAAUAUAGAAUGCAUGGUGCUUUUAAACAGGAAUUCAUGUGACCUAGCUCAACCAAUCAGCUGGCUGAGAAUGUGCAUGGCAAUUAUACAUAAAGGCUCUUUUCCUCCACCCCCACCCCAGCCCCUCCCUUCCCCUUCUUUUUCCCUUGAGUCCACAUCUAUGAUGAGGGACAAAAGUAAGAGAAAAGAAAAGAAAAAAAAAUCUACAUUUUUUUUCCUAAUUUGCACGAGAAAGAAAAAUACGUUUUAUACCACAUAAUGUGCCUUGCCUUCUAAGAAAAAAAACAAAAACAAAAACGUAUUAACUCUAAUGAGAUCAAUGCACAGGUGUUGCUGCAUGCUAUUUGAUGCGUGUAUGGGGGGAAAAUGGGGAAAAAGAAAGAAAAAAAGGGUUGGGGAGGCAUAGGGGUGGGGGAUAUAAUGCCAUUUUUUUUUACAAAAAACAAAACAAAAACAAAAAACCACAGAUGGGAGCAUGGGAGGGAUAGGGGAAUCAAAGUGGGAUUUUUCAGUUCAUUUUUCUUACAAAUUCAGAUUCCUAUAAAAAAACCGCCCACCUCCCCUCAGAAAAAAAAUUCAGGCUCCUUCAGGUGUGUUGUGAGGGCAGCAGCUCCCUAAAUGCUUAGAACAAGGGUCUCCAACCUUGGCAACUUGUGGACUUCAACUCCCAGAAUUCCUCAGCUAGCAAAACUUAGAGACUUCAUUGGCUGAGAAUUCUGGGAGUUGCAGUCCUAGCAAAUCUGGAGAGUCCUAGGUUGGAAGAAGCGGAUGUAAGUAAGGCCGGAGCGGGCCAGGAAAAGGUUGAAACAGCACUUGGGCACUGAGGAUCUCGGCGAGAUUGGUUCUUUGGCACCAUCUCUCUCUCUCUUCCAGAGCUCCUCCUUCAGAAAUCCUGGGCUGGGAGCCUUAGGACCACCUUAGGAUUGCUGAAAGUCAUGUGUAAAACAGGGGUCUCCAACCUUGGCAACUUGAAGCCUGGUGGACUUCAACUCCCAGAAUCCCCCAGCCAGCAAAGCUGCCAAGAUUGGAGACCCCUGGUGUAAAAGACAUGGGGAAUAUCUAUUUUAUUUUCACCCUGGAGAAAACAGAUUGAAUAGGUUAGUUUGUUUUCCCCAAGGACCUGCCAAAACCCAUUGGAGUGGAUGAAACAGAGGCUUUCUCAAGCGGUGUGUUUUGUUUGUUUAUGGUCUUUUCACCUGUCAGUUGCAAAUCCGUGUUAAGGUUGCAUGCUUCCCUGGGUCCUCCAGCCAUAAGUAAUCUAUGAUGCUGGCCAUAACCAUUACGUUUCAACCCAACUUGAAGCAACCUGUUUGCUUUUAAAGGCAUAUAUUUUGGAUAUCCGUAUAUCCAGUUGGUCACUAUACAAUACAGGUAGUCCUCGACUUAACAACAAUUAGUUUAAUGACCGUUCAAAGUUCACAACGGCACUGAAACAAGUGACUUAUGACUGUUUUUCAUACUUAACGACCGUUGCAGCAUCUCCAUUCACAAGCUUGGCAACUGACUCCUAUUUAGGACGUUUGCAAAGUCCCAGGGUCACGUGAUUCCCUUUUGCGACCUGACAAGCAGAGUCAACGGGGAAGCCAGAUUCAUUAAACAACCUUGCAACUUACUUCACAACUGCACUGAUUCGCUUAACAACCGUCGUAAAGAAAGGUCGUAAAAUGGAGAAAACCUCACUUAGCAAAUGUCUUGCUCCUCAGUAGAAAUUGUGGGCCCAAUUGUGGUCAUAAGUCAAGGACUCCCUGUAUUCCUAUUCUCACAGGGAUCUUGGGAAAGGCAGAUCCUUUAAAACAGGAAUUCAAGACUGCCUUGUUAUAUGAAACUUGCUUCUCCUUAUAAUGUAGCAAACCAGAUGUCUGGAGGACUCCUACAGGCAAGACCUGUUUUGUGACCUUGUAUCUGAGUCUGGAAGACCUAUAAACAUCCCAAUAAUAAUUAUUUUUUGUUUGGCUUAAGACAAGAGAAGCAACAGUUUUAAGCCAGGGCACAAAACCAUUUCUCAUCUUAAGAGUUCCACCUGAUCUUCAAACAAUAGAUAAUGCUAGAGGCUGAAUUCCUUAAAAAGCGAGUGGUGUCAGAAUAAAACUAAAUUAGACUUAAUUCAGAUGUAAUUAAGUGCAGUAUAAUCUGAAUAUUCCCUGUGGGUUUUAACAGUUUUCUUUCCUGUGGAUUUUGAUAUAUUUUUUUUCCUGUCAUAUCAAAAUUAUAACUGGACCCCAAAUUUUGGGACAGCUUUUAAACCAUGGCAAUGCUGAAUGCAGCAGGAAGGCUGUGUGCAUCUCGUCCCUGUCUUAAGCCUACUGCAGAAUAGAUAUUCUUCAAGAAAUCAAGAAUAGAAUUUUGACCCAGCAUCAGCCAAGUAUUUUCCAAUUUGAGGUAGAAAGCAAAUGUGGGUUUUUUUCUUCUUCUCAUAAUAAGCAAUCAUUUCCAUUCUUUCUUAACAAGGCAGCGAGAGGCAUAAUCUGAACUAGAAAACCUCCCAUUAUGGGUUUUGUCACAUGUUUUCCAGUUGUCAAUGCAAGCAAAAAUGACAUUUCAAAUAUGCAAUACUCUUCUGCAUAUAGUGGCUAAAUCUAUGGUUAGUAACACAGUUAUCUCAGCAGUUAAAUGUCCAUGAGAGAUGGAUGUCUUGGUUUGGGUAGCUUUUGACUCUGGGGAGAAGAGAAUUUGGCUGGGAAUUUCUAGUACAUUUUCUUUUGCUUUGUAACGUCCCCAAUUUUCCAGCGAUAACGUAGGGAGGUUAUGGUUGUUGAGCUUCUGUCUUGGUUUAUUGAAAGUUAUUGGAAAAGAAUUGAAUUUGGACCUUCCUUUUUCUCUCUUGGGAACUGAUUUGUGAUAUUUGGAAUAGAUUGGAGAAGUGGUGAAAUACAACGGAUGUAGAGGUGGCUCAAGCAUGUGUAAUAAUGUGAGUAGCUUACAGGUAUGACUUGGAUAUUUCCAGACUUGGGGGAAGGGGCAGUUAGGUUAAAGGCAGAUGCUUUAAAUUUACAAGCGAAUCAGUUCAGCUUCUUUCACAGAAGAACCGUUCCAGAUUCCUGUUGAUUGAAAAAGUAAAAAGAAGUUCGGAUCAGUCAAACGGUAACUGUGUCCUAUGUGGGUCCUCAUUUGUGAUUGUGACCUCUCAUAUCCUCCCUUAAGUGUGUGGGAAUGAAGUUGUCUCUUGCCAGAUACUUUGUUUAAUCCUUCAGCGUACUGGCCAAACGGAAUUCAAUCCCUUUUGCUGGAUUCCCUCAAAAAGAGAGAUGCAUGGAUGCAUGGAGAAAAAGUGAGAAUGGCAGACUCCUUUAAAGAUAGGCCCCUGUGCUUUUUCAAUAAAAGUAGGAUUAAUUGCAUCUGUAAUUAACAUUUAUGUUACUGGUUAGUGUCUCGAAAGUUUGAGAAAUUGCUCCAACCCUAGAGGUCCUUCAGAUUUCUUCUUUUCUGCAUGUGUGCGUGUGUGCUACGAGCGCAUGCCCGCACUCACCACACUGAUAUCUGUUGUUCAAAAUUGUAUUUUACAGCAGUGAAAACCUCUCGCGUUGUAUGGGGACAUUCCUUCCCCAAACUUUUUUAAGACAGAAGGAAGUAGGUUGAAUUUUGUUGAUCCUUAUAAUUUUGCUUAGAUUUAUUUGAACCAAUAAAUGGUGUGAUGCUGGGAUGAACAAUUUUAUAAAAAGGAAACAAAUGAUAUGAAGUAUAGAUAUCUUACCAGCCUGCCCAUUCCCCACCCCACCCCCAUCUUCUCUCUGUUUCAGAGAGAGUUUCUGUUUACUUCAAAAACUUUUUAAAAAAGUUUCCUUCCAUUUUGAAUUUUUUAAUGUCUUGCUCAAGGGGGAGAUUUAAGAUUUGCUACUCUGCUCCAUGACACUGAAUUUGCUUGCAAAUUCUUGCACACAAUCAUCCUGAUUUAGUUAUUCUUCGAUUACUGCAUUUUUUUCCUUUCUGUGUUUCUGCUUGAUGUUAGGGGUACACAAGGGAAAAAAAAUACUAAUUUAGUUACGUCAUUUGUUCCAUCAUUUAAAAUUAUUCACGCAUUUGCUUUUUCUUUAAUUUUCAUAACUGGUAUUGUGGUUUUUAUUAUUCUCAUUUGUUUUACUUUCCAGUCAUUUUCUAUGGGAGACUUAGCUUAUUCUUCUGGUGCCUCUGAUUUUAAGAUUUAUCCAUCCAGAUAGCAUUAUAUUUCCAGGCAUUUUAUUAUUACUUUUUGUUUUUCAAAUCUGCAGUUUUGAAAUAGAUAAUGACAAAGGGUCUCGCACAUAUAAAUAUUUUUAUUAGUAGCUUGUUGCUUAUCAUCUGUUUGUAACUUCUGUGUUUUCUAUAAGAAUGAAUCCUGGUUUACGUUUUCAAAAUAUUAGAAUCUGCAUAAUUAUAUAUAGACUGGAGAGAGAAUUUCAAUUAUAUAGGCAUUUCUCAUUGGCUAGAAAACCCCGAACAAAUAGUGCUCUUUCUAUCCUUCUUUCCAUGACUUGUACAGGUGGUUCAAGAGAAUUCCAAGUAUUAAUCUUAGUAACGAAUUUCAUAUUUCAAUUCAGUUUUUUAAAAGAAACCCAGGUGGUCUUUGAGUUACAACUGCAAUUGAGUCUGGCAAUUACUGCCCUCAGUCAUGACAGUCAUAAAGUGGGUAUCUGGCCAGAUCCAAUUUUAUGAACUUUUUUGGGAUGGUCUUUAAGCAAACCUAUUGUCCAUCUACCAAAGGCCAGUUUUUGCUGGAAACCAGAAGUAAAUGCUGGUUUCAAGCAAAACCGUCAUAAAUUGCAAUCACAUGGCCCCACAGGGCACUGCAAAUGGAUGUAAAUAUAGGCAAGUUGUGAAUUGCCCAAAAUGCGGCCAUCUGACUGUGAGAAGAGGCGGUGGGAACUUCAAAACUGGUUUGUAAGUCCUUUUUGCAGAGGUGGGUUUCAGCAGGUUCUGACCAGUUCUGGAGAACCAGUAGCGGAAAUUUUGAGUAGUUCAGAGAACCGGUAGUAAAAAUUCUGACUGGCUCCGCCCCCAUCUAUUCUCUGCCCCCCAGUGCCAGCUGAUUGGGAGGAAAUGGGAAUUUUGGAGUAUCCUUCCCCUGGAGUGGGGAGGGAAUGGAGAUUUUACAGUAUCUUUCCCCUGCCACGCCCACCAAGCCAUGCCGCACCCACCAAGCCAUGCCACACCCGCAGAACUGGUAGUAAAAAAAUUUGAAACUCACCACCUUUUGAGUCCUAAGUCAAGGACUACCUAUAUACAUCCAUAGCCAGCCUUCCCUUUCCUACCACCUUUAACAAAGAUUUAACAGCAGAAGUGCUGUAGGUAUCAGAAUUUUUUAGUUCCCAUCAGCCCUUGCUAGCAGCUCAUUGCAAAGGAUUGUGGAAUCUGUAGUCCAAAAUAAAGAAAAGGUUGCUUACUUCCAUAUUACAGGAAAUGUUUCCAUCUUAAUGUACUCCAUAAAACAAAAAUUUUGCAACCAUCUGAGCCACUGCAUGUGGAAAACAGCCUUUGUGUCAAAAACAUUACAGUAUGAAAAACUUGAAAACAAAAACAAGUUUUGAAAACAGUAUUUAACAUUCUGCCGGAGGACUGUAACGCUCCGUGCUUCGUGUGAAUUUGAUAUUUUUGUCACACAAGUUUUGUUUAAGCCGAGUUACCAAAGCUGGAGGAAAGAGAAGGCAAAAAAAAAAAAAAAGCCCCCUUUUGUGAAACAACAAAGGGUUUUCUGUAUAGUAGAGGCUCUUUGUGCUUGGGAAAAGAUGGAAAAAUGCACUGAUUUUUUUUUUUAAAAAGUAUGUCUUGAAGCAGACAUUCCAAACUUGGUGCUCUUCAUACCUAUUAAAUUGUAAGUCUCAUUUUACAACUCGUAUGAGCAUUGCAAUCCAAUAUACUUGGACUUUGCUUGGGUGGCUUUUUUCAAGCAAACAAGCGGGCUGGGAAUAAGCAUUCACAGCUAGGCAAAGAGAUGGGCCCACCUUUGGUCGUAGGCAAACCAAGAAAGUCUUCUUUUGCAAAGGCUUCCUAAUUGUGGCUUUAGUGUGGAAAAAAGCCAACCUUUGAGCAAGACCAAGAGAAACUGGUCUUCCAGAUGUGUUGAACCUCAAGCAGUUUCAUCACUGAUUAUUAACAUGUCCCUUGGGGCCUAGGAAUUAACCAGCAGCAUCUGGAAGGGCAAAAGUUUCCUGCCCUUGAUGGAGAGUCUGAAUUUCAACAGCCUCAGGGUGCUGCACUCGAAGGCCAGGUUCCUUAUAUUUUUACUAGGACUCCACCCUAUUGUGAUGUUUUACACUAUAGAGCUGAGGUCUCCAAACUUGGCAAUUUUAAGACUCCUGGACUUCAACCCUCAGAAUUCCUCAACCAGCAUGGCUUGCUGAGUAAUUCUGGGAGUUAAAGUACACAAGUCUUGAAUUUGCGAAGAAUUUGGAGACCCCCUGCUAUAAAGUAACCACAAUUGGUGAUAUGUCGAUGAAGAUUCUCAGACAUCCAGGUAGAGUUGUCUGUAAGUUGAGUCAUGGUAAAUGGACUUCUUAUCCAGGUUGGUUUUUUUGUUUGUUUGUUUGUUUGAAAGUUUCACUUCUUAUCCAAGAAGCUACUUAGAUACACAGUGAAACGUUUCAAACAAAAAAAGAAGAAAAGAAAAAAAAAGAACAGAAAAGUCCAGUUGCCAUGAGUCAACUUCUGGAUACAGUUGGUGAUUUUGCUUCCUUGCGCUCCCCUGACGGAGCAGAUCCACCCAGCCUCCUGUCAUGCCCGAUUUCUAGAGGUCUUGUGCUCACGCCUCACCAGUGUCUCAUUGUCUAUUCCCAGCUUUCGAUGUUUCUUUCUGGAAGAGGCAUUUCUCCUCUGAUGCUGCUUCCAAACAGUGUGUGGGCAAUUGAGGGGCGUUGAUGCACAAGGAUGGAGCGGCCCAACUUGACAUAUUCAGUGUCAGUGACAUCUUGUAGCUGCAAUUAAUUUUGCUGGCUAUGGAGAUUCUCAACCAUCCAGGUUCCAAAGGUGCUUUUCCAAAAGGCAACUGGACUUCCUUGCUUUUUUUCCUUGAAAUCGUUUUGCUUCUCAUUCAGGAAGCUUCUUCAGUUCUGACUGAAUGGUGGAGAAUGGAAGGAUUCCCCAGCAUUCAAUCAGAACUAAAGAAGCUUUUUGCAUGAGAAGCAAAAUCUUUUCAAGGAAAAAAAGAAAAUCCGGCUGCCUUUUGGAAAAGCAUCUUUGGGGAGACCACUCUCUAAUAUCUAAUCCCUGCUCUGUUCUUCAGUCCUUUUGGCUGUGAGGGAGAAAUAUAAGUCUUUUUUAUUUACACUUCCAGUUGAAUGCAUUAAGUUAGUGAAAGUCCUGGCAGAAAAUUUCUUUGCUAGUAUGGUAGCUGCUGUUGCCCUAAUUUCUUGACAUCUCACCUCUCCACUCUUCUUGGAAAAUUCUUGGGAUAAUUUACAGUUCUUCCACCAGUUCCCAUAGCUAUUCCUCUAGUUCCAGCUUUUCAGCACUUCCCCAAUGGCUGCAUAAAACCAGAUGAUCACUAGAUGGCAUCCAAGACACACCAAAAUUAUAACUCUUUGCUGCCACCAACUGGUUUAUAGAUCAAACAGUUAACCAACCAACUCUUAGUUUCAGUGAAUCAUCUAACAGUAUGAAUUUAACCCUUAGUUAGGGUUAUUGCCUAUUUUAUUGUUGGUAAAUUCUCAAAUCUUGCAAAGUUGGGGGCGGGGAGGGAAACGGUCUGCCUUUGCCCUUUUAGAAAUACACUUAAAUUAAAUUAUGCCUCCCCAACUUCAAAAAUGCUGCCCGUCCUGAUUGAUUGGAUAUAGUAUUCCCCCUGCCCAAACUGAAAAUAGCCUUUCGUUUGAGUCUGUUGUUUAUGGAUCAUGAACCAAUAGAGAGGAAACUAAAAAAAAAUAAAAUGAAAGCCCCAUUAAUAUCUUCCCAACAGCUCAGAUUUCUCUACUUCCACCAUUUCUCAGGGCAAGACUGCUAGGAAAAGUCCCUGCUUGCAACAAAGGGUAAAUAUUAAGUUAUUUUCCAAGCAAUGGAAUUAGAAUGGUAGUUGUCUGCAGUGGAGGGAGGUUGGAUUAGAAGACCUCCAAGGUCCUUUCCAAUUCUGUUAAUAUUCUGUUAAUUUGUCUGUGAUGGAGAAAGCAAGAUGUUCUAGAGAAAAAGGAGGAGGAGGAAGAGGAAGGAAUCUAAUCCAUGAAGUGUUGGGCUUCCUUCCUAAGAGUUACAGCCCCUAGACAAGAGGCAGCGGUUGACAUUGCUAUUUCUACAUUCCCAGUGAUUUUUAUACCUUUCUUCGUUGUCAGAGAAAAGGCUACGAUAUCGCCUCCAUUUGUUUUCUCUUGACUUUGGAAACGCUCUAAGCCUUGCGAUCUGUGAAUAUCCCUCAUUUCCAGAUGUAGUAAUCUUUAACAGAAAAUUCCUCUGAAGUCUCCUUUGCUACUUUUCUCUUUCAGAUUGAUUUUUAUUUUAUUUUUUUUUGGUCUUGCUGGGAAUCAUCCAUGGAUUUGUAGGGUUGGUUUUUUUAAAAAAAAAAUCCUAAAUAUAUACCUAACAUUGAAGUUGAGUGGUUUACCAUGACUGUUAGCCAAUACAUAGGAUCUUAGAAAGUUGCUUUUUCAUAAAAUGCGACUGCUGAUCCAUCUAACUGAAGUCCAUUUACGCUAAAGGGCCAACCAUUCUCCAUAGUUUGGGACAGGCCCUUUUGUAGACCCGUCUGUAGCCAUCAGCAGCUGAACUGGGUGACCAGAAUCUAGAAUCAUUUUGAUAAAUCCUCUUCUGCAUAAUUAUGACACCUCCCAGGGACACACAGAUAGCAAUGCAUUUGCACAAUUAUUGCACCAAGGCACAGUACCCCAAGACAGAUGUGCACUGCGUGGACUAGCAGAAAUGUACAGCUGUUUGACAGAAGGGAUUUCUCUCUAGUUUGCUCCUUUCAGAUUCAGAGGAAACAUUGAUGGGAUAUUCAGAGAAAUGAGAUGGUUGGCUUGACUUUUCCAAAGGCUGGCCUUUUUUCCUCCCCUCUAAUUGCAAACCCCUUUCUCCCGAAUGCGCAGUAAAGGUUUUGCAGAGGUUGUUUCUCCUUUGCAGUAUUUGAAGGGAUCAUGGGACUGCAUAAAACUGCUGCAGAAUAUCACUGCAACUUCGCCACAAGGGGCUGAUUGUAGCAGGGCUGAGAUCCAGAUAUAAAUUUACAUUGGUAACAGAACACAAGGAGCAAGCAGGCAAGUGAAGCAGAAGCUCUCACACAACUUGCUUCAGCUUUAAAAUUCUCAUUAGGCAUGUUUUCAGUUUCCUUCUGGAGAGGGAGAGUUACUUUCCUUGAGAAAACCAAAUCAAAGUAGUGACUGAAUUUGUCAGUUAGUUCAUUCCUAAAAUAUAGGUGCAAAUUCACCAUCUUUGUUGGUUACCUGGAAGUCUUUUCUGAAUCAAUUCUCCAGCAAUCAACAGUUUGGAAGAGUAUCUUAGGCAACGAAAGAAGUUAAAGAUAACGCAGGUAGGCAGGUGUUUGGUUCCUAUAAGAUUAUAGACUGGGAAAUAUAAAAGUCAUCCCAGUUUUCAUGCCCUAUUUGGAUUCCACAGACUGCUGGUGUAAAGAAUCCGUAGUAGCCUAUGGGUUAGUUUCUAAAUUCCCCCCGGCAUAAGUUCAGAACUCGGAGGAGAUAUUCUGCUCCAGUCUUGAGGAUAUUAGGGAGGGAGGGAGGGAAAGAAAAAGAAAGAAAGAAAGAAAGAAAGAAAGAAAGAAAGAAAGAAAGAAAGAAAGAAAGAAAGAAAGAAAGAAAGAAAGAAAGAAAGAAAAGAGUCAGACUUUUAUGAAUUAGUUUUAGGUUGACCUCGUCCAGAAAUGCAGAAAUUGUCUUUUUCAUGUUUUCAUUUCUUGUCUUGCUGACAACUGCCAUCAUAACGCACUACAGAGAUCCCAGAAGAUGAAAAAAAAAAUCUGACACUUUUAAUUAUUAGUAUUGUUGUUGUUAUUGCUUUUUGAAAGGCCUUGUGUUAUAAAUAGGAAAAAAUAGUAUAUAUAAUAUAUUUACUUAUGCGGUGCUAUUGGGGGAUUUUUUAAAACUUGGGCUACUCGAUUAUUCCAAUCUGCUGGAAGAGUAAUACAUCUCUACCCCCACCCCACCCUGGCUCCCUCCCUCUGGAAAACAAAAUACAGUUUCUGGAAAAAUAGGGCUCUUCUUGGCAUGAUUAAAAGGGGAAGGGUCAGUGGGGAGGCGGGGGAGCAAAGGAUCUGACUAGACAAUCCUUCCUUAUAAACCAGGAUAACUUUACAAGGUGGGUUGGGAGGGAGAGAAGUGAUAUAUAUUUUAAAAAUACUUUUGCAAUAUAAUUUUAUUACAUUGCUGCUUUUUUUUCUGGAAAGAAAGUUUCUUUUAGCUUGCACAUAGUUGGUCUUUGGUUUUAGAUUCGGUGGGUGGGUGGUACAGAGUGAAAUGUUAUUAUCUAAAGAAGCGUUUCUCAAUCUUGGCAAUUUUAAGAUAGGGUAGACUUCCAGAGUCGGCCAUACUGGCUGGGGAAUCUUGGGCGUUGAAACCCACCCAUCUUAAAGUCGCAGUUUGGGGAACAGUGAAAAGAGGGCAUUGGUUUGGAAAGUCUAGGUUCCAUUAUAUGGGGGAGGAAGAUGGCAGAGGAGGCACUAAUGCAGUAUCUGCAGGCGUGCCAUCGCAAGGGUGCCAGGAGAAUGCGGCCCCUUGCCUGUUGAAGGUAAGAUUCCAAGAAUGCUGAAAGAGAAGGAAUUAUCAAGGGAUCAAGGAACGAUCUGGAGUUUCUGUCCUGUAAAUCUGUUCUUUUGGAAAGGGCCUUGGGAAUUGAAUUCCCCAACGAAGCUUGACAGUGACUUUUGUUUAAAUGAAAGCCGGUUGCAGUUGACUCUGUGUAAACCGUUUGCUACCUUCCUAGCAAAUAAGGUAGCAAAUAUGUUUAACUCUGGAUUAAAUCUUGUGGUUUUCCUGAACUGGUCCUAAAAAAAGACCAAUUUUGCAAAAGUACCAACAAUCUGAGAACUGGUGUGCGUGUGCUUGUGUGUUUGCGAAACAGAGAGAGCUAACAAUUAAACUGGAUUCAAACUCACGUACUGUAGGUUUGGCCUGUUGACACAGAGUUCCUUUUACUGACCUUUUGUAUUAUUUGUAGAUUUCAAGUGGUUGCUUAGGGUUGUUCAGAUCCCUCCUCAACAGGAUAGGCAGUGGGACUUUGGGAAGUGUGUUUGUGUGCCCGCAGUGCAUGUGCUAUUUGAAAAGAAGGCUUUCUGGUGAUCAGAACUGUCAUUAAUUUUCCAGCAUCUCUACCCCAAACACUUUAAAUUUGGGAUGUUUUCAGGUUACAGACCAUAACAAAAAGUCUAAGUAGUAGCUGAAUACACACACACACGCACACACGCACAAGGGAGAAAAGCCAGCAGGAGUAUGAAAUACCAAAAAUAUAACUUAAGCUGUGCCUGUACUGCUGGUUUGCAUUUCCUUGGCUGCUUCAUUUUUGCUCAUGUAAUUCUUCCCUCCGGGUUAGUUAUCCAUAGUCUAUUUGAAGUUUUGAAUUGAUUUUUUUUUUGGUGGGGGGGGGGGAGAUGGGGUUAAAAUUGAAUAUCCAAGAAACUCCAUUCCAUCAAGAUUGGCUGGGAGUGGGGUGGGGUGGGGAGAGGUUAAAAAGAUGGAGUUUGAUUGCGGUCCGAAAUUGUUCGAUGCAUUCUGUGCAUUCUCACUUUGGGUUGUUGGGGUUUUUUUUGUUUUAUGCUCCUAUGGCUCAUUUAACAAAAAUUUUGCGAUGCGAUCCCAUGUACAGUGAAGAGAGGACUGACUCUCCUUAUAUCCCUACGUGUAGAAACAAGUUGCAUUGGGACACAACUGAAGGUUGCAGCCUUUGUGUUCAGAGGUAAACAUAUUGUGCACUACUUAAUCCCUGGAGUGUGCAUACAGAAAGCAGGUAUAUUCUCAGAAGUGGGAGUGGUCAACCUUAUCAGGAAAACACCUCAGGAUGUUUUCUUUGCCGCUUUUUUUUUUUUUCUUUUCUUCCAAUCACCCAAAAUCUCCUAGGUAAUUAUAACCCCCACUUUGGUUGGGAAAGUCAAGUCUCCUGCUCAGUUUUCUCUCUUCAAACUUGGGAAUCUGAAAUUGCUGAAAAAUACUAGAAUGGUGUUUCUCGACCUCAAAGCGCUUUUUAAGAUGGGUGGACUUCAACUCCCAGAAUUCCCCAGCUAGCUAUGCCCAUCUUAAAAGCGCUUGAGGUCGAGAAAUGCUGAACUAGACCAGGGGUCUCCAACCUUGGUCGCUUUAAGACUUGUGGACUUCAACUCCCAGAGUCCCUCAGCCAGCAAAGCUGGCUGAGGAACUCUGGGAGUUGAAGUCCACAAGUCUUAAAGCGACCAAGGUUGGAGACCCCUGAACUAGACUAUCAGGUGGAUGUCUGGUCACAUGACUAGAACAAGUGGGCCUUUUUCAUCUUAGCCGCCAAGCAGAUUGGAUUAGUCUGAGAAGGAAAGCUUGGCUGGGGCCUUGGGAUUAAUAACUUGGUUGAGAUCCUACUUGCCUAGAUUGGUAACCGCAAGAGGUCUUGGGCUGCCCUGCCCCAUUGAGACCACACAAUGCCCCUUUCAGAUCACCCUUAGCAGCCACCGUUCAACUUAAGACAUUCAACUUUUAUCCUUUGGGUUUGUUUUCUCUUGUUAUGACAUGGUCUUGAGGGGAGCACGACGCCCGGAAGGGAGGAAAUUUGCAGAAAUGUUUUCCUACAAGUUCAAUGCCAAGAUUGGAAUGGCCAUUUUCUAACCGUCGUUUCUUCCCUUCCCUUGCCCUGCUGCCAUCUCUCUCUUUCGGCGUUUUCUGUCGGAGAACAUUUCUUCCCUGACCUUCUCGGAUCCAUGCACAUACCUUUUUUUGUCCAUUUAUAUUUUACAGUGGUUUAACAGUAAUAUUUUAUUCUCUUGUCUCGCUUCUUGCUUGCUACAUCACAUUAACACACACACACACAGACACACCGCAGCACCAGGGAAAACGAGCGAGUCCCGUCCUUGGGUGAAGGCGCUCACGGGUGGUUGGAGAAAGAGAGAUCGGCCUUGGAGGGCAACUUUUACACUACAGCCUUAAAAUUACUUUAAUUUUUUAUCUCUCCGUUCUGUAAAGAGGGGAUUUUAAACCGGACGUUCCCCACAUCCUCAAUUCAGGAGUUUUCUGAGGAGGGGAAUCCAUGACCGAUUUUAGACGAGGCAAAAAUGCAAUUAAUUUUCCCAACGGGGUUUUCAGUUGGAGCUCUCCAAAAUAAAUAAAAAAUUAAAAAAAAUGGAGCUAUGUCUUUCACCCUCUUCACCUCCCUCCUCGCUCACUUCCCUGGUGUUCUCAUGAUAUUUGAUUCUAGCAUUUAUACGCAUACUAUUAGCCAACGCGCCUACUUUUAUGUACCAUUACCUGAAAGCCGACUCUGGUUUUCUUUUCUUUUUAAUUUUUUUCCCCUAUGCAAAAGGAAAAAAAAAAAAAAUUCUAAAGGACAAUCUAAAACUUUAAAAAAAAAGAGGAAAAAAGAAAAAGAGAAAAAAAAAGGAAAAAUGUAUAAAAAAUUAAAUAAGCUAUGCUUUCAACUGU